UCUAUGUGUGAGUGUGUGUAUGUGUGAGACAGAGGGAGAGAGAGAGAGCGCGCGAGAGAGGGAGAGGGAGUGUGUGUGUGUGCUCUGCUGUUGCUGCCCUUUGAUCCCUGCAUUAGUGUUAGUUAGGGGCUCAGAGACACACACUUACACAGAGAGCAGCCAUAGUCAAGACACGGCAACAACAGCACCUCCUCCACCGUUCCCUAUUCCCAACAAUACUUUAAAACGGAGGACAGCCAGGUGCACGAUAAGUCCCUGCCACCAGGCUCUCUCGCAAAAAUUUCAAUGGAAAAAGACCUUUUUUCUUCUUACCCCUAAACAAGAAGGAGAAUGUGAUAAAACGGGGGAAAAUGCCAAGGAGGAAGCAGGAGCAACCUAAGCGCCUGCCUUCACAUGUGGACUCUGUCUCAGAGGGGGGGCCUGAGGCUGCUGCCGCCGAGGAUGAUGGCUGGUACGGGAACGCCUCAGACACGCCUUCGGAUUCGUCCUACGGUGACGUGCGGCCCGACGAGCUACGCACUUCCCCCGAUGCGGGCAGCGGUCCGGCGCGGCCCGAGCUGUCGGACACGCCGGCGUCGGAGGGCUCGCUCGGCUGCCCCACGCCCAUCCAGCGCGCCUCUCUGGAGCUGCUGGGCCUGGAGGGGGCGGUGCUGAACGCCCAGGACUCCCUCUCCUCCGUGGUGUCCUCGCUGUACGGGGACGCCUCCGCCCACGCCCUGGGCAAACCCCUCAGCAGCAACUUGCGGCGCCUCCUCGAGUCUGGCUCCCUCAAGCUGGAGGAGGCAGGGCUGUUGGGGCGCGUGGGGGGAGGAGGAGCGGCCGUAAGAGGAGCCUCUGACUCCCCUCCUGUUGGCCUGGCGCUGUCUCCGUCGUCCCACCAUUCCCAGCAGCUCAGCGCCCUCGCCCGUCGCCUGGCCAACAGCAGCGGUAACAGUGCGAACUCCGCCUCGGCCUCCGCCUCACCCGUGCCUGUCACCAUCAAACAGGAGUCCGGCGGUGAUCCCUUCAGCCCCAGCAACGGCACCGGCGGCACCACUGUGGCCGCUAACAGCGGCUUCGUCUGGGUCGGACUGGGCGACAAGUGGCCGCCGCCCUCCGGCUGCUCGGGAGCCAGCGGCAGCAGCCUCUCUCCCGACUCGGCUAUCCAGAAGCUGAAGGCGGCGGCCAACGCGGUGCUGCAGGACAAGAGCGCCGCCGUGGCCUCGGCCUCCUCCGUGUCCUCUUCCUCCUCUUCCUCCUCCUCGUCCUCCUCCUCAGUGACCUCCUCCACCUCCAUGCCAGCGCUAGGCAGUCGUGGCUCGGAUGACUUGGUCCGCUUCGAUGCCUUCACCUCCCCCUUUAGCCCACAGUCGGCCAGCUCCACGCUCGCGGCGCUCUCGAAGAAGGUGUCGGAGCGCAGCCAGCAGCAGCAGCAGCAGCAGACCAGCACGGCAGCGGAGCACCAGGGCCCCGCCAGCUCCUUCCUCUCGCUUGUUUCGAUGACCUCGUCGGCUGCUCUGCUAAAAGAGGUGGCGGCGCGAGCAGCAGGUAACCUGCUGGCCGACAAGAAGGACACUAAUCUGGGUCCAGGCUCCACAGACGAUGUGAAGCCCCUAGUGGAUAGGAACCAGAAAACCCCCACAUCCACUCAGAGCAUGGACCUGCUGCUGCCCCCCACCCCGAAAGGCAGAAUCAAGUCUAGCAGUCAAGCAGGGUCCCCAGAGGAGGGAGCGAAGCCAUUUCAGUGCCCGGUGUGUGGCCUGGUCAUCAAGCGCAAGAGCUACUGGAAGAGACACAUGGUGAUCCACACCGGCUUAAAAAGCCACCAGUGUCCCCUCUGUCCCUUCCGCUGUGCUCGUAAAGACAAUCUCAAGUCCCACAUGAAGCAGGUGCACCAACACCAGGAUCGAGGGGAGACGUUCCAGUGUGACCUCUGUCCGUUCACCUCCUCCCGUCAUUUCAGCCUGAAGCUUCACAUGCGCUGCCACCAACACUUCCCCCGGUCUGACCUCAAGGUCAAAGAGGAGCCCGUCACCGACAACGAGGAAGGCGAAGGCUCAUUGCUAGGCGAUGCCGGCGGUUCCGGGGACAUUGCGAUGACUGAAGACGCCGAGGCGUCCCCCUCGCCUCUUUCCCAGAUGGACGGCCGUCUCCGGGCGUCUCCCGGCGAGAGCUCCAACCACAUCCACAUCAAAGAGGAGCCACAGGAGCGUGACGUGUCGGUGCUGUCUCCGUUCAGCCUGUGCCGGGAGCGGCCUGCCAGCAGCACCAGCUCCCUGGAGCUCCCCAGGCUCAAGGCCAGUCCCAGCGGCCCCAGCGCUGCCUCCCUCUUCAGCCCCGACAUCACCACUAAAACAGCCACGGACCUGCUCAUGAAGCUCUCAGCGGCGAACCAGAAGGAGAGCCUUAAGGGCAUGAUCCGUGUGAAGGAGGAGCCAGGGGCCGAACCCUCCCAGAGCCCUCGGGCCCCCAGCUUCAGCUUCUGCCAGGAGGGUCCGCUGGGGGGCCUGAAGCCUCGGGAGGAGGGCAGCCCCAUGCUCCCCAAGAGCAGCAGUCUGCUGAGCCAGGACAUCAACGUCAAAGUGGCCUCUGAACUCCUCAUGAAGCUCUCAGAGAACAACAAGGAGGCAUGUUCUCAAACAUGUUCCCAAAAGGUGGCUGUCAAGGCGGAGCCUAUGGAGGUAGACCCACCCUCUGACCCAGCACCUCUCCAUUCUCACCUAUUGGGAUUCAGCACUUUAGGAGCAUGUGAGAAGAGAGAACCAAUGGCAAACCUCCCCGACACAUUGGCCCGCCCUCAGAAGGAUCUUUUCUCCCAGGACAUAUCUGUCAAGAUGGCCUCUGAGCUCCUCUUCAAACUGUCAGAAAAAGUCAGCAAAGCCAACAACAACAAGGACAGUUCCACACUGGGCAUCAACAGGCCUUACAGUCCCUUCCUGGAUGACCGCUUCAGACAAUCACCCUUCAAUACUCGCUCCAAGAGCUCAUCGCCUGUAGAAGCCAGUUCAUCAGCGCAGGCCCUACAAGACUCUGAGAAUGCAAGUGAAGAGCCGGAGAACGGUUUGUCUCAGUGGAGACUGAACGAGCAGCUCUACCCGUGCCCAGUGUGUGGGAAAGUGUUUGGCCGACAGCAAACUCUGUCCAGACACCUGUCCUUACACACAGAUGAGAGGAAAUACAAGUGCCACUUGUGUCCAUAUGCCGCUAAGUGUCGUGCCAACCUCAACCAGCACCUGACUAUUCACUCGGUCAAGCUGGUGAGCACGGACACUGAACACCUUGUUAAUGCAGUGACUGGGGAGAGCAAUGAUCGCAAAAGCUGCUCUUUCUAUUACAGCUGCCACGUGUGUGGUUUUCAGACAGAGCUCAAUGCCCAGUUUGUGAGCCACAUGUCCCUGCAUGUAGACAAGGAGCAGUGGAUGUUCUCACUGUGCUGCACCUCUUGUGACUACGUCUCUGUUGACGAGAGCGACAUCAAGUCACAUAUAGCUGCCGAACACUCGGGUCUGUCUCGUAGUCCCCUGAGUGAGACGAAGAGUACGUCCUCCUCUCUGUCCGCCCUCAGUGACUCUCUCAACAGCUCCGAAGGCGGGGACGCCACCCCCAACAGCGAGGAGCUCAAGAUUCUUCUGGCCCCACCCUCCACCGGCAGCCAAUCAAGCUCUGGCUCAGGGUCAGACGAGAAGUCGGAGAAAGGCUUUGAAUGUGUGUUCUGUAACUUUGUGUGUAAGACACGGGCUAUGUAUGAGCGGCACCUUCAGAUCCACCUGAUCACGCGCAUGUUUGAGUGCGACGUCUGCCACAAGUUCAUGAAGACGCCUCAACAGCUGCUGGAGCACAAGAAGUGCCACACUGUGCCCACAGGAGGACUCAAGUGCCCAUUCUGUGUGUACUCCACCAGCAGGCCCACGGCCCUGGAGUGCCACCUGAAGACCCACUGCAAGCCGGAGUACCGCUGCCGCAUCUGCCAAUCGGUGUGGGCAGACCAGGCCGAGCUGGAGGGGCACGCGCGUGCCCACAGGCUGGGCAACCACUACCGCUGCGAGCAGUGCGGCUACCUCUCCAAGACGGCCAACAAGCUGAUCGAGCACGUGCGCGUGCACACAGGCGAGCGGCCCUUCCGCUGCGACCGCUGCAGCUACAGCUGCAAGCGCAAGGACAACCUCAAUCUGCACAAGCGCCUGAAGCACGCCCCGCGCCAGAGCUACAGCUGCAGCCUCUGUCCCUUCACCACCACGCACCCCUUCGUCUUCAGCCGACACCUCAAGAAGCACCAGGGGGGAGGGGGAGGGGAAGGAAGUGCAGAGGAAGGCGAGGCCCAGCAAGGCAGUUCUUGCCUGGGCAUGGGCAUGGGCUUUGGCAUGGGCAUGGGCCUGGGCGUCGGGAGGGAGGCCCUGCUGCUACUGGAGGAGGAGGAGGCGGGCGUGGGUGUGGGCGGCAUCAGCAGCGGGAGCGGCGGCAGUAACAGCAGCAGCCCCCUCAUGAGCCUGACCGCCUCACAGGCCCUGCAGUCGGUGGCCCUGUCCAUCAGGUGCAAGCAGCAGCAGCAGCGCCAGGGCCAGGGCCAGGGCAGCCUGCCUCUUCAGCACUACCUCUCCGCCAACGGCCUGGCAGCGCCCGCACCUCAGCCCCCGGCGCUGGCGUCUCCGUGGUCGCCGCGCGCCGGCUCGCUGGCUUCCAGCUACUACGAGCAGUACAGGAACUGUGAGCUGGCUCACCUCAUCCCUCUCACCACGCUCUUCACCAUGCGCCGCUUCACACCCCACGCCUUGCCCUCCUCCUCCUCCUCCUCCCCCUCCCCCUCCCGCUCUCCCUUCUCCUCCUCCCCGUGCCUCUCCAGACAGGGGCACGUGUCAUCCCUCCAUCCACCCAACUCUCCCGCCGCCGCAUCUCUCAAACACUCCUUCCUGGCUUACCUGGGACUGACAGAGCGCGCUAAAACUGUCUGACUCCUUUCCUAGUUUUUCCUUUCACAUUUCCCUGCAUCGCUUCAACUCCCCUUGGGUCCUCCUGCUCCUCAUCUCUGAACUAUUAGGUUCAGGAACACUCAUCGGUACCACUUAAAAGUGGUUCCUUUCCAAUCAAGGGCAGCACAUGUCCCAAAUGCUGGCCAGAAGGCUAGACACGGUAGAGACAAUGAACCAUUUAUCAAAACGAGAAGAAGGAAAAAGGCUACAUGUACUGAAUGCAUUUAUAUCAAAGCUGCUUUGUCCUCUUGCUUAUAUCAAUCCAGUUAUUACUCUGUUUUGGUUUGUUUUUCUUUCUUCUCAGAAGUUUUUCAGUGACCAGGAAAAAAAAAACUUAUAGUAUGGCGUAAUCCUUUUCUUCUUGACUAGGAUUAAAAAAAAAAAAAUGAAGAAGAUUUUAAAGAAAAAGAAAAAAAAGAGAGAACCUGCAAGCGCUAUUUUUUUGUGCAUUUAUGUCUUUUUGCCAAGCAUCAGAUAGCAUGCCUAUGUGUUAGAAUGGGGUUUGAUUUGACAUCAUGUAUGGGCUUUUUCUAUGAUAUAAUCUCCCAGGGUGUUUAGAGCCCCUGCUCCCCAACCCAGUCCAUGAAAGAGACUGCUUUCUAUAACAAAAAACAAGUCUCCAAAGCCACGCCUCAAAUCACGCACUUGAUUAUUUAUCAGAUUGUACAUAGUUUUUGCAUUCGUUUGUCGGGUGGGUUCCUUUUGGCGCUUCGUUCUCUCCCCUAACGCCGCUAGCUUGGCUUGGGUUUGUUUUUGUAGAUUUGGUGAAACCAAACACAUGAACACUAAUCUCACCUGUCUUACGGGCUGCCCCUCCUUUCCUGCCCUGCACCGUGGAAGAGCCUCUCCUCUUCCCUGCUGGUGCCACUCUGAUGACCCGUCGAGGGCUCUGCCACACCUGAAGCCUCCAGUGUGGCCAGCAGCAUGCUGUAGCUAGUGAUGCUACCAUCCCUAACAGUCACCAGUGGCCGCUAUCAGCAGUGCCAUGACUAAGGCAGUGCAGUGCCCAUCGACUUUCCCUUAAAGAUAAGAUGAAGGUUGGGUAAGCCCCCUGCGAAUAGGUAAUGUAUUUAACAGAAAGCAAAGCUAUGUCUACAUUUCAUCAGAUAUGGAUUUGUUUUUGUUUUUGUUUUGUUUUUUCUUCGUGGAGGUGACUGGCAAGUCAGGGGAAACCCUGCAGACUCAGUCACCAAAGGCCGAUUUAAUGGUGCUUUUUGGAGGUUUUUUGUAAUUUUGUGUAAAAAGAACUGUUCCCAAAUGACUUGAAUGAAUGUAUUUUAUUUUCCUUUGGGUUCAAUGUUAAAGUGAUACAGAGGUAACUGGACUGAGUGGAACGUGAAUUUGAGGAUUGGUGAGUAUAUUAUUGGUGGCCUUCUGUGUCCUGUUUCUGUUCAACUUUUUUGCAUAUUCAGUUUUUUUUGUUUUAUUUUUGAAUUUGUACUGAGCCUUUUAAAAUGUAGAAUAUGAACAUAAUUAUUACCUGUACUAGCAAAAAUGGAGGAAUCAUUGAAAAAUGGCUCCCAAGUGCAAUGUGGAUGCUGCCAUUAAAUUAGAUAAUGAUGAUGUAUGUAGAAGCUUGGCCCUGCGGAAGUGGGCAGACAUGGUACUGUUUUUGACCCCCCCCCCCCCCCUCAUAUAUUUGAGUUGUGAAUGCACUUCAUCACAUUUCAGAGACCGAAAGCACUUAGGCCCUAAAACGUCUAACAUUUUGAUGAAACCCAUACAUACACUUUAGAAUGGUGCCGGUGUGUGGUUCUGAUGAGAAACCAAGCUCAUGAAUAUGCCUGCCCACCUGCUUUCUGUUGGCAGUUUACUUCUGGGAAAUGGAAGGUAAAUUGAAAUGUUGAUUUGAUUGCUCUUAUUGAAGGGCAUAACCCAUAGGAGGAAGAUUCUCCUGUUCCUGACUCCUGUCUUUAAACUAAACAACAGAACCCAAAUGAGGUGAACUCCCCUACACCCACCCACCCCACCACCCACCUCCCUGGUCCAUAGAGGUAUCCAGGCUAAAUUGUGAUACGCCAAUUUUGCACAGUGCUGAAAAUGUUGCACGUUGAAAAAAAUAGAGGAACCUAUUUAUCGGAGCGAACGGAGAACAUUUGACAACAGGAGAGAAAUAUAAUCUAGCCAUCGUAGCUCUCAGUACUGCACACUCCAAAUUAAACCCAAUCAUCGAACCCGGGUCAUCUUUUAAGUCAUACUCCAUCUCCCCACCCACCCAUGUGUCCUCACAAGGUUUGGAAUUUGUCUCAGCAAUCAAAUAUAAAUUACCUCAUGAAUUAAUGGUCAGAAAUCAGAUGUGUAGAAAUGAAGGGUUAUUCUUAUGCUAUUAGUCACUGCUAGUUUUAUAUUUCCGAAGUGCUGUAAGGUAAAGGAAUAAUCACUGGCAAAGUGCCAAUUUUGCCUCUCCACCUGGGUGAGUAUAGGAGUGUUUUACUGGAUGACCCCUUGCAUCAUCAAAGGGAUUUAUCAUUUCUCCCAUGUAUAUAUUCUUUCUGUUGAUUCUAGAUUUGGUGAAGAUAUUCUUGGUGAUUGACUGAGUUGUGUUACUGAAUCAGUUAACAAGUGAGGAUAUGCUGGGCAUCAUUAGUCACCCAGUGACGACCUGACCCUGUGUCAUGUUUUCCCCUUGUGUCUAUGUUCAGCAUGCAGUCCUGGUGCUAUGUUGUAACGAAAUAAGGAGUUCCCACUGCUUGAUACAAACGGCUCCUUUCUCUACUCAUAUUUUCUACACGAGUGCCACUUAGUGGAAAGGAGUGGCCUGAGAUCCCAGAAGACACAAGUCAAACUUGGCUCUUUGGGGUCCAAUUCUGUGGACACGUUCUUCAAAUAAAUCCCAAGUGUCCAUUUAGGAAAAGCCUACUUUUUGGUUUCUAAUUCUUUAAGUCAGUCUGUCUUUCAACAACUACCACGUCAUAGUCAAGCCAACAACAACAACAACAACAAAAAAUCACGUGGGGUUUCUUUCUUUCUUUCUGCCCUCUCUCUGCUCCAGCAGGUGCAGAAUCUGAGAAUGGCUAUGGCCUAGGCUAUUCUUAAGCUGGUCUAUUUUAAGCACUUAUUUUAAAAACAAUGUUUUGCCUGAUCAUAAGCAGCAUCAUUCGGCUUCUACUUUUUUUUUUUUUACAUGUUUGUUUUCAUACCUCCAUUACAAGACUGACAAACUUUGCAUGAUAUUGCUCUCUUUGUCUCUUUUCUAGUUCUUUGCACUUAUUAUGUUGUAUCCUCUCAAUACUAACUUAAACAUGGUUUGCAGUUGACUGCGUUCAUGAUACUGUGCUGUCCACAGUCCGUUCGCUUAGCAUUUUUCGCUGUAUUUUAUGACAAGGCUCAACUUUUUUUCUAUUUUGUUCUACUUUUGGCACUUGGUGAAACAAAUAAUUGGUAUGUGCUGUAAAAAAGCUUUUUUAUGACUUCAUUCUUAAGGCUGUACAGGGUUGUUUGUGACUGUAACUGGUAAUUAGACCAUUUGUACUUUUUAUUUGGUUUUGUAUUUGUUUUGGUUCUGUUAUGGCAUCCUUUUAUGUUCUGAUUGCCAGUUCUAAAUGUAACAGAAUUUGAAAGUAAAGCUCACAUCAGAUAUUACA